CAACUCCUUCUUCAACAAUAUUCAUAUAUACAACUCUCCCCAUCAACUUAACUCACACAACUUCACUACACAAUCCCUCAUCUUCUCCUUCAAAUGGGAUCCUUAGAAUUAUCCAAGGCUCACAAAUUGAAGGAAGAAGAAUACACAUGUGAUGGAAGUGUUGAUUUUCAUGGACAACUUGCAAUUCGAGACCGAACUGGAAAAUGGUCUGCUGGGACCAUCAUACUAUUGAAUCAAGGUCUAGCGACGCUAGCAUUUUUCGGGGUGGGAGUGAAUCUGGUGUUGUUCCUAACUCGCGUGCUGCAGCAAGACAACGCGGAAGCAGCUAACAGCGUGAGCAAAUGGACCGGGACUGUCUACAUAUUCUCUCUUGUUGGUGCUUUCCUUAGUGACUCUUAUUGGGGAAGAUAUAAAACUUGUGCCAUAUUUCAGUCCAUAUUUGUCAUUGGUCUAGUGCUCUUGUCACUAUCCACACAGGUCUUCUUGCUCAAGCCCGGGGGGUGUGGGGAUGAGAACACGAAAUGCAACACGCAUUCGAGUUGGGAGCUGGGGCUUUUCUACAUCUCUAUAUACAUGGUUGCUCUUGGCAAUGGCGGCUACCAGCCCAACAUAGCUACAUUUGGUGCUGAUCAAUUCGAUGUAGAGGAUCCGAUUGAGGGAUAUUCGAAAGUGGCCUUCUUCAGCUACUUCUACCUUGCAUUGAACCUUGGCUCGCUCUUCUCCAACACUAUAUUGGGAUACUUUGAGGACGAAGGCCUGUGGGCGCUGGGCUUCUGGGCCUCCACGGCCUCUGCCACCCUCGCGCUCCUCCUCUUCCUCGGAGGCACCAAGCGUUACCGCCAUUUCAAGCCCAGUGGCAAUCCCCUCUCCCGCAUUUCCCAGGUCUUGGUCUCUGCCACAAAGAAGUGCAGUGUGAGGAUCCCACAGGGCGAGGACGCCAACUUGUACGAGACCGAGGGGUCCAAGAAUGGUGGCCGGAAGAUGCUCCACACGCAGGGGAUCAAAUUCUUGGACAGGGCAGCAUUUGUGACACAGCAAGAUCUCGACGAGCUGAAGCAGAAUGAGUCCAACAACCCGUGGCGCCUCUGCCCCAUCUCCCAAGUGGAGGAGGUGAAGUGCAUACUGAGGCUGCUCCCCAUCUGGCUCUGCACCAUAAUCUACUCCGUCGUCUUCACGCAGAUGGCCUCCCUCUUUGUCGAGCAGGGCGAUGCCAUGAACACGCAGAUCUCCAACUUCCGGAUCCCUGCUGCAAGCAUGUCCAGCUUCGACAUCCUCAGCGUGGCCCUCUUCAUAUUCCUAUACAGGAGGGUGGUCGACCCCAUCGUGCGCAGGGUGAGGAAGGACUCCAAUGGGCUCACCGAGCUCCAGAGGAUGGGGAUUGGCCUCGUGAUCGCGGUGAUGGCAAUGGUCUCGGCCGGGAUAGUCGAGUGCUACAGGCUGAAAUAUGCAAGAAAGGACUGCAAACACUGCCAAGGGUCGAGCUCCUUGAGCAUAUUCUGGCAGGUCCCGCAAUACGCUCUGAUAGGGGCAUCGGAGGUGUUCAUGUACGUGGGGCAGCUGGAGUUCUUCAACGCUCAGGCACCCGAUGGGCUGAAGAGCUUCGGGAGCGCGCUGUGCAUGACAUCCAUCUCGCUGGGGAACUACGUGAGCAGCCUGCUGGUGUCAAUAGUGAUGAAGAUAUCGACAGUGGACAACAUGCCCGGGUGGAUACCGGGGAACCUCAACAAGGGGCAUCUGGAGAGGUUCUACUUCCUCCUCGCGGGGCUAACGGUCAUUGAUCUCAUGAUAUACAUAGCGUGUGCGUCGUGGUACAAGAGCAUGAAGUUCACAGGGAAGGGUGAAGGGGAAGAUGAUGAGGAUUAUGAGGUGUAAUACAUCAUCUAACUUGUGUAGCAACUCUGCCUCACUCAAUCAGGGGAUGAUUUUAUCCAAGUCACGCUUUGUUUGUACUCAAGAAUUGGAGAAGAGAAGAGAUUCGUCGUCUGCGACUCAUGUGCCUACGGCUUGAAAUCAAGGGCAACUUGUGACAAGGCUCUUUAAUUUGGUUCCACAAUUGAUGUGCUGCUCUCAUGAAAAUAAUUAUGCAACUUCUUUAACAGAUGUCUAUGUGUAUUUUGAUGCUAACUAAGCUUCUUUAUCAUAUUUA